AUGUGCUGUCGACGUGAAAUGUCAUCCAAGGUUUAUGACUCCUCUGACCUCUACAUCCAACCAUAUUCCGACGAUAUUUGCGAAAGCCGAAAUCUAGUUAUCAACAAUGGCAGUGCAGACUUUAUACGAUCCAACUAUUUGUUUGACAAUGCAUCCUUUGAGACACGCCCGUCAAAAAAAAUCGGAAGCUUAUUUAAUGUCGGUGGAAGAAAAAACGGUGUGCGAUCAACUGUGGUCUGGGGAAAAACAAACAGUCAGGUAGGCGCGUUCUCCAUUGCGCGUGUCACUGUUGUUAUAAUGUUGCACGGAGCAAACGUCACGAUCCAUCCGUUAAAGGAUCCCAUUAGCAGAACAAUGCUCUUAGCUGCAAAACCUUCGGGAGUGGAGUGA